GCCGUGAGGAGCGCGGCGCGGCGGAGCGGCCCGGGCGGAUGGCAUCCAACUAUAGAAAUCCUGGCUUAAGUGCAGCCCAGCGGAAGAAAAAUGCCUUAAAAUCUGAACUUACAGAAGAGCAAAAGCAGGAGAUCAGAGAAGCUUUUGAUUUGUUUGAUAGUGAUGGAUCUGGAAGCAUCGACGUAAAAGAACUGAAGGUCGCGAUGCGUGCUUUAGGCUUUGAGCCAAAGAAGGAAGAAAUUAAGAAAAUGAUAGCAGAUAUUGACAAAGAAGGAAGUGGCACCAUUGACUUUGAAGACUUUUUGGCUAUGAUGACACAAAAAAUGAGUGAAAAGGAUUCAAAAGAAGAAAUUUUGAAAGCUUUCAAAUUAUUUGAUGAUGAUGGCACAGGAAAAAUUUCAUUCAAAAACUUAAAAAGGGUUGCCAAGGAGCUGGGAGAAAACUUAACAGAUGAAGAACUUCAGGAAAUGAUUGAUGAAGCUGAUCGAGAUGGAGAUGGAGAAGUAAGCGAGCAAGAAUUUUUGAGAAUCAUGAAGAAAACUAGCUUGUAUUAAUAUCUGUUGCUUUGCUGUACAGCUGCUCCAAAAGAUAACUGGGAAAAGACUUAAAACCUGGGCUUGUCUCUCCUGCAUAUAAAGAAAGUCUGAAAGGGCAGAUUUUUGGUUCAUUCUUUUUCAGCAAAGUUAACAGGGAAAGGGGGGUCUUCAGUAUCCAGAACUGUUAAAAUGCAGUAUUGCAGAAGUGAAAAGGAAAUAUUAACUAAACCUGCAAGGCAAGGGUCCCUUCCCCUCCCCUUGAAAAAUUAAUUUAUUGCCUUUUGCAAUAAAGAAUGCUGUGUUUCAGCUAUUUAACUAAAAGACAUUUGACUUGUGAUGUGAAGAUUCCCACUGCUGCUGGGAAAGGCCACUUCUGACUUUCCUAAGGCUACAGAAUGAAGGUACAAUACAAGCACAGUAUUUUUAUUCGUUUUAAGGCUUUUAGGUUACCUUUGGGUAUUUGUCUCUUUUUGUUUAUUUCCAUGUAAAACUCUAAAACCAAUGGCAUAUCUGUCUUUUAUUUCUGUAUGAAACACUGUUUGCCCAUGGGAAGUUGUUUUUGGUCCUAACAGGAAAAUAAUGUAGAUAACCAGGUUUGGUUCUUCACUGUGCCAUCAGUAGGUGUUUUCUGUUUAUCGGAGAAUCUGAAACCCGGUUUAUUUGAAUGUAACCUUCUUAGACUAUCAAAGUUUAUUGUAUAACCAGUCAGCACCAUGUGCCAUUUUUCUUACUCCCAAGAUAUUAUAGAGCUGCUGUUAUGCCAGGAUUUUAAGUAUGUAAAAAGUUCCGUUCUGUGGUGCACUAGGGUAGAAUUUGUCUUUGGCUGUUUAGUCAAGUUGCAGGGAGGACUUGUAUCUGAAGUGAAAAAAUAGCUCACCUUGGACAUCUUUUAAAACACCGAAUAUAUUUAGCUCCAUGCAAUCCAAAUUCAUUUCAGAUACCACAGGUUUGUUUGUUGUUUGAUUUUUUUAGGAGAACCUUCAUUUUCUUGAAUGUUUCUCGCAUAUACUGUCAAUCUAGGGCUCCCUGGAGAGCCACAUUUCCUUCUGUAUUAUAGCAACAGAGCAGUGACACACAAAAUGACAAUCAAUUAUGUGGUCUGCAGGAGGGUUUAUCCUUGGUUCCUGAUCAGAGAAUCAACUUCAAAACUGCAGGGAAAUGAUACAAUCCUAAAUCACAACUUUCUCUAACAAGGUGCCCAAAGGAGAGUGUUACUGCAUACAGGGAUGUGGCAAAUAGGUAGCAAAAUAUCAUAAGGGUAAAAGGGAAGAGGAGGGAAAGAACGGUAUUUCACCAGUAUCUGUUAAGUUCCCUCUUUCCUUCAGACACCUUCUGCUGCUUGACAGCAUUAAGGAGGUUUGCAGAAGGGAAGAGCCAGCUCCUGGAUUAGCUCCUGGUUAACAGCUGCUUCAGCCCUCAUGAGCCCUAAGUGCCAAGCAGAAACGAGAAGUGUUCAUUUAUGUAUCUUCUCCGCACACAAAUGCAAACCUGGCACAUUCUGCCCCACUCCCCCAAGUUUUGUACUCUGAACAACUCUAAUAGACCCUCUCUAACCUGUACAGAACUAGGCUUACCCCUGUGGGAGAACAGGGAUAUUGUGUAGGAUCCUGGAAAACUCAAUAGACCUGUGAAGUCCCUUAUUAACAUAUUCAGUGGCAGUAGAUGUAACCUAUAGUACUGUGUUUUAAAAUGUCUUACUAAUUUUGUAUAAAUGUGAAAUAAAACUGUUU